CGCUUGGACACUUUGUCGCUGAUCUUGGCAAGCACUCCUCCUCCUCCUUUCUGGACGCCAUGUCACUCCGGGAUGAGAUCGUCACCUGGAACAAGGCCCUCGAGCACUUCGACCAGAAGCAGUGGCGCGAGGCCAUCACCAAGUUCCAGCUGAUCGACGGCAUCGGGGCCAAGAUCUGCUACAACAUUGGUGUCGCCCACACGAUGCUUGGCCAACACAACGAGGCGGCUGCGGCCUUUGCUCGGGCCACCAAGGCUGACCGCUACCUGGCCAUCGGCUUUGCUCAGGAAGGUAUGGUGUACAUGGAGCAGCAGCGCUGGGCCCAGGCCGACCGAGCCUUCAGCGAUGCGCAAAAUUGCUUCCGCAUGAACUGCUUCAUCGACUACACCCAGCUGGGGCUGCCCAUCCGCCUGCUGCUGGCCCAAUGUGCCGCCAACCGGGGGGUCUGCCUGGCGGCCGGCGGGUCCCCGAGCGCCGGGCUCAAUGUCCUGGCCGAGGUGGCCUCCUCCGAGCUGCUGGCCGACACCGUGGCCGAUGUGGCCCAGCAAAGCCGCGAGCUCAUCCAGCUGGCCACGGCCCGCAUCAAUGCCCGGUCGUACACGCCCUUCCCCCUGCACACCGGCGCCCCGGCCGUGUAUCGGCCCUCGGUCGAGAAGGCCGGCAGCACCCAGCGCCAGGAUCUCCUGGGCAAGUCCAAGAUCGUGGCCAGCAGCGAUCCCUCGGACAACAUCACCGGCUUCAAGGCGGCCUUCCUGCGUCGGCAGCAGCUGGCCGCCAGUGGAGUCGCCACGCAGCCGCCGCCGGAAUUGACGGCCAUCAGCGGGCAGUCGGCCGCCGUGCCGGGGGCGUCUCCCCGGCAGGCCGGCGGCCCGCCACCGGUGGGCGGCCCCCCGUCCAGGCGCGCCGGACCGCCGCCCGUCGGCGGGCCCCCUUCGCGCGCCGGCGCCGCCCCGGAUGCCGGGCUUCCCAGCAACUUCACACUGAGUGCCACGGCCCGGCUGGAUGCCGGGCCCGAGCGCGACAUCGAUCUGUCGGCCUUCGCGGCAGCCGGCACCGGACGCACUUUCGGGCGCCUGCGCGACUUGCUGGCCGCGGCUCUCUCGGUCCCGAGCCAGGCCGACAACUGGCGUCUCCUUCGCCAGGAUGCUGUCGGGGACUUUGUCCUGAUGGUUGACGAUGAGGAUGUGGAGAUCGCCAUCCAGGACGCCGUGCAGGCCGUGCGCAACCGAUCCCCGACCGAGCGCCACUGCACCAUCGACCUGUGGGUCCAAAGUCUCUCCUGAGAGCGAGCACGCGCAUCUUCUUACUGAGGGAGAGAGCCGCCGGGUCAGCCCUCUCUGCGGGAGAACCCGCCUCCCCUGCGUGUGGCCAAUGUGUGCAACUAUUCGUGGGCCUUCUAUGUGCCCCCCCCCCC